AUGUCGAAAAAUAAUAAUAUUGCAUUAAAUCGCCUUAACUUACUACAAGAUCAUCUUUCACAAGGUUCAAUCGAUCUAUCAAAAGAAAGGUCAAAUGCGAGUUUCAAUGUUGAACAUAUGAAUUGGUUAUUUUGUGGUUCGAAAGAUGCUGCAAAAGCUUUAUCUGAUGCGUACCAAAUGAUACAACGUGACCCAGAUCUUUAUAUUCCCGGUGGACAUAGUUUUGAUAUGACUCAGUCUCAGCAACGUGAACUUGUUCAACGACAAGUCUUGAGGUAUCAGAGAGUUCGCAAAACGUUAAAAGACCCAUUAUUAUAUGAUUCCUUGGACCAAGCAAUGUGCAUUUAUUCUGAAACUUUUUCAAUGAAAAAAUAUGUUCAUGACUCUUUAUUUCGUCAAUCGAUUGAAUUUUUUGGGACCAAAGAGCAACAAGAUGAAUGGAUGGAUGAUGUUUUAAAUUGGAGAAUUAUUGGUUGCUUUUCCAUGACUGAGUUGGGUCAUAGUUCUUUUUUACGUGGUUUAGAAACUACUGCAACUUUUGAUAUAGUUCAUGACGAAUUUGUUAUCAAUUCACCAACUUUAACGGCUACAAAAUGGUGGAUAGGAAUGGCAGGCCAGACAGCUACACAUACUAUAGCAAUAUGUAAAACUAUAAUCGAUUCAAAAAGUUACGGUAUUGAUUGGUUUAUAGUUCCAUUAAGAGACCGUAAAACCGGUCAUUUGCUUCCUGGAGUUACGGCUGGAGAUAAUGGAGCAAAAUAUGGUCGACAUGGUUUAGAUAAUGGGUGGAUACAAUUUUCAAAUGUUCGCAUUCCACGAAAAAAUAUGUUAAUGAGAUGGUCAAAAGUAACUGAAGAUGGAAAAUAUAUUCCACCACAAAAUCCUGCAAUUGUUUAUACAAAUUUAAUUGGAGAACGAUUAAAUAUUUUUAAUGGAACUCAAAAUUUUUUGGGAAAACCAUUGACUAUUGUUUGUAGAUAUAGUUGUGUUAGACGUCAAGGUAUUAAUGAUGAACAAAUAAUGGAUUAUCAAACGCAUUAUAUUAGACUUGUUCCUUGUGUUGCUAGUAUUUAUGUUAUUAAUAUGGUAAAUAGAAAUGUCAGAGCUCGAUGGAUAGAAUUAACAAAACUAAUAAAAACGAAUCAAUCGGAAUAUUUAAAAAAUGCUACAGAUAUGCAUGCAUUAUCUUCAGGCCUAAAAGGAACUAUAACAUGGUGGGGUAGUGAAGUAUUUGAAAGAUGUAGAAGAGCUCUAGGUGGCCACGCUUAUUCAGCUUAUAAUGCUAUAGGACCUUCUAUUGGAGAUUGGGGAGUUGCUACUACUGGUGGUGGUGACAAUUUUGUGCUCUUACAACAAACUGCUAAAUAUUUGAUAAGUUCAUAUGAAAAAAUGAUUCAAGGACAACGACUUUCUGGAUCCGUUGAAUAUUUUAACAAUUUUCAACGAAUUUCAAAAGUCUUUAAGAGUGAUUUAUCAAAUGAAAAGCAAUUAUUUGAUAUUCAAUACAAUUUAGAUAUGUAUACUUGGCUAGUUAAACAAAAGUUACAAUCCCUUUUUGCGAUAUUGACUCAAUCUCAAGAAGAUCGAUCUAUAACAUGGAAUGAUAAUCAAAUCUUAUUAAUACGUCUUUCGGAACUUCACACAUUCAGAUAUUUUCACGUUGCUGAGAUUGAGUCAUAUCACAACUAUGUCCACCAGGAAUGUAAAGAUCUGGGUCGCGUUGUACCAUUUGUACUUACUAAAGCUUUUGCGGCAUCUUUCGAACCACAAAAUAACCAAUUCAUAUGUUCAACAUUAAAACUCGCAUUUGAUCUUUCUUUUAAUAGAUCUAUUGAACCUUGUGAAAG